ACGGAGUUAAGCCAAUCCUCCGUCGGUGUGCAUUCCAGAACGUCCCUACACCAUUUUCUCGCUCCUCUGCACUCUGAACUGCUUCGUCCGUCUGUUCUCUUUCUUCGUCCCCGUUUUGAUUUGGUCCUUAGAACGUAAUUUUGAGCGGUGGCCGUGCGGCCGGCUCGGAAUUUUGCCUAUUGUUGGUUUGCCUCGUGUCUACAUAGGUUCACCUGCGUGCACUUUCUUCACGGUCACUGCUUUCGGGCUUUGCUACUUGAUCUCUCGCAUUUCAACCCAGCAAAUAACACAAACGCUGGUGACUAAUGGCUACGCCAAGAUCAGCCCUCGCAGCAGCUCAGGCCGCAUCGACCUCGUCAUGGCAAGGAGAUCUUAAAGACCUUUUCGAUCGUACAAAGGACAGGUUUCCGGAUGUAGUUUGGGAGUUCACAGAGGAUAAUCGUCCCGAAAGUUGUGUCUGGGGUCACAAAGCAAUCGUGUAUGCUCGAGCCCCUCCGUCAUUUCUAUCGCAAUACUUUGACGUGGGGCCAAAUGGGGGCUCACGUAUUUUCUCGUCAUCGCCUGACGUGUCAGGGAAUGCGAACGCCACUCAAUCCUCAAUUUCUUUAGCCACUCAAGAUGACCGAGGCUCACCUUCUCGAAGCACACGCACUUACACACCCUCGACCGCCCCGCAAACCAGCUCCGUUUUGCGUUUGACUGCCAGUAUCUCUCCUGCGCUCUUUUCCAAUCAGCUCGAAUAUCUCUAUACUGGCUCUGGUAUCGGUGAUGCCUUUGACUUCCUGUUUACUGAUUCUCAUGACGGCGAGCAGUUGUCAGGAGAUAUUGAAGCGAACCGGGUGGAUAAGCUCCGAAAGGAUCUAACGUUCAUGUGGCGUUCGCGUCUGUACUCAGACGUCCACAUCUCGCUCACUGGACCUUUUUCUCCCGAUUCUGACGAGGCCACUGCAGUUUUUUCCAGUCAUCGGUUCAUCUUAGCAUCACGAGCACCAUAUUUCCACUCUCGUUUCUUUUCAUCGGGUUCCGCCCCCGUGGGGACUACCGGACCCUCCAACCCUGUUACCAUCUCCCUUCCAUCCCCUCCCUUCACCCCUGCAUCCCUUCACUUCACCCUUGGUUUCAUUUAUUCAGGGACUCUCAAUUUUUCCAACCGAACGUUCGACUUAGCAACCACCUUCCAAAUUUAUAGGUGUGCCUUGUAUACCUCGCUCCCAACAUUGCAAAGAGAGGUGGAAGCCCGAAUAGUUGAAGAAAUGGCACACGGGCUCUUUCAUGCAUACCUCGAAAUGCCGCAGUAUGACAAAGUCACUGGAGGACGCUGGGGAGUUGGCGGUUGCAAGUGCAAACAUUGCGUCCGUCGAGCCCCUCGCAUUCUCGAAUUUGCCACGGCUGAUGACGUUAAGAACAACAUCCUCGAGCGAGGUUCACGGAGAGCACUAGUCGGCCUCUUCGGAGAAGGCUGGGUCACACCCGAGUUCGCUGCUCUCCCGAGUAAAGCGCGUGAGAAGGCGCUGAAAGGCGUGUAUGCCCGGACAACGCCACAAAACGUCAUUCCGCUUCUCUUUGCCGCCAAUACGGCGCUUGAGAAGUUAGAGACUCUGGGCUCAAAUGAUCAGCCUUGGACGGAAGCGACGCGCGAAAUCAUCGCACAAGGGCGCAAGAAGAUCGAUGAGGUGUUCGUAUCGAACCCUGAAGAAGUCUUCGAGCAAGAGGAGUGGCUUUCUAUUCUAGAGCGUGAUGGCGUCGAGUUUAAUGAUGGGGACAAAGUCCGCUGGGUCAUGGAUUCGAUUCGCCGAGGUCUCAAUUCAACAAAUGCUGGAUUGCUGUACCAAACCCUGGUCAACUCGGUUCUCCUUCGACCUCACCCAGGAUCCGCUGGUGCUCACGCAUCCGCACUACUAUCCUCAACGUCAGUGGUUCGCACUCAAGUUGAGCGAACUCGGAUGGAGAUAAUACGGUGGUUAAAGAAACAAUGGUCAGGGGUUCGUCUUGCGAAAGGAUUUGAUGGUUUGGAGCCUUGGGCGUUGAAGGAAAUUAGUGGCGAAAUUGAAAUCCCAGUUGAUGAUCUUGUCGAGGCUGCAGCCCCACCUCAGAGCAAGCGGACAAGCCAGCAUCCCUCUACAACUCGAACGGCCGUGGACAUCGAUACUGGAAGCAUACAUUCGCUUCGAGCCAGCACGCUCAAUCAUAACAUGUCCAGAUCAAACGGCACGAUCGAGCCAGUGACACCAACCCGCGAUUCCCUUAUGUCUGGCCAAAGCUCUAUCACCUCCUCCAUGAUCUCCGCACGCACUGCAACCACUACCCCAGCUCGCAGGGAUGAUCAGGAUGACGCGCGUUCCGUUGCUUCGGUAGCGCCCUCUGUAUCAUCACGUUCGACUGCUCCUCGGGCACAACCUCGACCUCGGAGGAUUUCUAACGGCAUUCCCUCAUCACCUGCAGGACCCCCUAAUGGCCGGCCAAAGUCGAUUGCUCCUUCUAUAGCCUCUGUUCGCUCUGUAGCCAGUUCCGUGCGAUCGGUUGCAACGACUGCGACGACUGCGACAGCUUCUACGAGUACCACAAUGCGCAACAAGUUGCGAGUUCCACCAAGCCCGAAAUCCAAACCAAUUUCUCAACCAUCUCCUCUUUCACGACCAACGUCUAACACGACUGAAGGCAGUGGAAGCUCGGGCUAUGUCACUGCACCACCCUCCAGACCCCGCACGACAUCUGGUCUGUCCAGCAUCUCUGCAACUAGCGCCAGAGCAAGGCCAUUGGUUAGCAACGGUGGUCUCUCGGUCCCGAUCCAAACUAGGACUAGAAAGACCUCGGCGACAUCGGUGACUUCCACAUCCUCGAUUAACGCAACGUCUCGCAAGUUAAAGCCAUCACCAAGCCCACAGCCUGUCCCAAGACCACCGUCCACCACCUCUGUCCGGACCACCGCCUCCACCACUCCCGGACCCCGCAAAGCUCCCGCCCCCAAGGGCAAAGCACCUCAAAAAUCGCCAAUACCACCAUCUCCAGCACUCCCGAAAGAUACCCCGACCCCUCCGAUGCUACCGAAACCAAUACCAUCGAAAUCUGCUUCGUCGUCGAAAGAAACGUUAGCCUUGGCCCCAGCUCCUUCCAUCCUGAAGUCUCCAGAAUCACUAAAGCGUGAAAAUGCUCCAAGACCUUCGCAUGCCCAAAUGCCGAGUGAAGCGUCGACCAUCAAGGCCCCUUUAGUCUUAGAGCGCAAGCACUCAACAGACACAGACACGAAGUCUGGUGGGAGCUCUUCUGCUCGUACUUCGACAGUCAUGGCAACUCCGCGCGCUUCUAUCGUGCUCAACAAUCAGCUCCCUACUCCCACCCCCUCAAUUGGCUCAGAGUCACCGCCACUCCCUCUCAGAUCGCAGCAACCGCCGCAGGCGCGCGGUGUCACGUUGAACGUAGGAAUCCCUUGCAUGAUCUCGUCGAAGAGAUCGCGGUUCAAGGCAUUUGCGCGAUACAUUGGUGAGGUUGAAGGCGAGACUGGACCAUGGGUCGGCGUCGAGGUCCCAGUUGGCGAGAACUGGGGUACUGACAAACUUGAAGGCCGCGAUUGGAACGAUGGGACGCACGGCGGCGUUCGAUACUUCGAGAUCAAUGGAUCAGCAUUGUCGAUUCUCGAUGAGAGCGAAGGGCGCGCUGCUAGACGAAGACGGCUGAACCACCUCUCUGACUCCUCGAAUCUUCUUAGCCCUAAGGGAAGCAUCAUGUUCAAUCAGAGGAAACGCGAAGGGGAUCAGCAGCUAUACGUUGAUCAAGAUAGGCUCAAGAGAAUGCGUAGUGUCUCGCCUGUCGUCUCGGAUAUAUCAAAUAUGGAGACCCGUGGGUUAUUCGUCCGCCCUCAGCAAAUUCUUCUGGUCUUGGAUGCUCAGCCACACAAUUAACACAAAUUGAUGCAUUCAGUUUCGCGCCUCAAUUUCUUGUCAGGCUAGGAUUCUCUGUCUUGGGCGAUUCUCAUUGCUUCUUAUAUGAUAUUCUAUGGACAAAUAUUCAUCACUAUAAACCAUAAUUCCACACUCCCUGGUUCUUUUGUCCCUUUUGCGUUCCAUCUGCCACUAUCCUUAAUUUCCCAUCUUCUCCGCAUUCCAUUGGUGCAAAACAGUGUAGGAUUUGCUCUCUUAUUCCACGAACGAUGGACUUGCUUGUAGUAUCUUUGCCUCCCAUAAGUUCAAAAAACUCGCUCAGCAUCGCUGGAACGAUGAUUAUUGGGUUCGGUAAUUCAUCAUAUAAAACAAAAUUUUACGCAUUGAUACUAUGUCUGGUGAACUUCGCGGUGUACCCCCAGCAAGCAACGAUG